CAGAAAUAGUUUUUCUUCUGAGGACUGACUUAAUUGUAUUCUCCAUAUGUGGGCAAGGCUGACUUCCCAGUUUACCAAAAAUAUAAAGGAGUCAAGACAACCCAAAAGUCAAGGGCUAAAGCACACCCAAGACUCUUAUCCUCCUAAGCCCCUGUCGAACCAAAAGGUUCAAGCCAUCCAGGUUCAGCUGCCGGAUGAUAUUUACCAUCAGAUUCCCGCUUACUAUCUCGAGCCCCAUAUGCUCAGGUUCAACUCCAAAACCCAGCCUUUUAGUAAUGUGCUGGUAGAUGAGAUGGACAUGAUGCUGACUAAAGCAGCCACAGUCAUCCAGUCAGCCUGGCGAGGUCACCAUCUUCGACAGCAGAUGUCUAUAGAGCCAAAGGCAAACAAAGCAAUGGAGCACAUUCCAAAUGCCUGGCAUCCGUUUCCUGUCCAUCAGCAUCUGCAGUCUUCUCAGGACCUGGAACACAUGAGCCAGGAGCGGGGCCAGGUCUUCAGAGGGACUUCUUGUCCACAGAAUACUUCUGAGCCAGUCACUGAGACUAAUAAGGACCAUAAGCAGCCCUGGAGACCACUGGUUCGCUUACAUCAGCAGAGAUUAGGGAUUUCUACUACUGGGCUCCAUCCCCCAAAGAGUACAGUGGACAGAUGGACACAAGUCUCUUCCUCCGAGGACAUUCCAGUUACUGAGAAACUUAACCAGUCAUAUUUAGGGAACAAAGUAUCCUGGAUACAGUCCCAAGAUUUGCAAGGGCCUAAAUCUGAGCCCUCCAAACCUCAUAGAUAUUUCAGUAAUAGAAAGACCAAAGUCCAAUCCCAAAUAAAUUCUACAGAUAAAGUGGCCAAGACCUCUUCUCCGAUAUAUGCUACAACCAAAGAGGUCAAGGUUCCAUCCAAGGAACAAUCCACAGCUAGAUUUCCCAAGAGCCCUUUGCAAGAACGCAUAAACGGAGCGACUAAGGACCCAUCUCAGGCAAAUCUGGUGGCUGGCAUAAACAAGACCAUAUCCCAUUCCCAAUUCUCAACUAAAUUGACCAAGGUCCUAUCUCACACAAAUCUGGCAGCCAGAGGAACCAAGGCUCCACUCCAAACCCAGCCCACAGCCGGAUUGACCAAAGUCUCAUGCAAGGAAUGCAUAGCAUCUGGAACAACCAAAGCUUCAUCCCAGUCACAUCUGGCAGCUGUAGUCCACAAGAUCCUGCACCAGACACACUCCACAGCUGGAGUGACCAAAGUCUCAUCCAAGGAAUGUCCAGCAUCUGAAACAAGCAAGGUCUCAUCCCAAUCCCAUCUGGCUGCUGUAGUCCACAGGAUCCUACAUCAGACACACACCACAGCUGGCACAACCAAGGUCUCAUCUAAAGAACACCUGGCAGCUGGAGGAAGCAAGGCUCCAGCCCAGACACAUCCCGCAGCUGGAUUAACCAAAAUUUCAUCCAAGGAAUAUUCAGCAUCAGAAAUUACCAAGACGGCACAUCUGACAGCCGUAUCUAACAAGAUUCUACUCUAUGAACAACUCACAGCUGGAGCAACCAAGACCUCAUCCAAGGAACAUCUGGCAGCUGUGGCCAACAAGAUCCUUCACCAGACACAACCCACUGUUGGGACAACAAAAGCUCCACCCCUGUCACAUCUGGCAGCUGGAGCCAUUAGGGCUCCACACCAAGCCCAGCCCACAGCUGGAACCAAGGCUCCAUCCCAACCACAUCUGGCAGCUGAAGCCAAUAAGGCUCCACACCCAGCCCAGCCCACAGCUGGAACAACCAAGGCUCUACGCCAGUCACAUCUGGCAGCUGUAGCCAAUAAGGCUCCACACCCAACCCAGCCCACAGCUGGAACAACCAAGGCUCCACCCCUGUCACAUCUGGCAACUGGAGCCAUUAAGGCUCCACAACAGGCACAAGCCACAGCUGGAACAACCAAGGCUCCGCCCUUGUCAUAUCUGGCAGCUGGAGCCAUUAAGGCUCCACACCAAGCCCAGCCCACAGCUGGAACAACCAAAGCUCCAUCCCUGUCACAUCUGGCAGCUGGAGCCAUUAAAGCUCCACAUCAAGUACAACCCACAGCUAGAACAACCAAGGCUCCACUCCUGUCACAUCUGGCAGCUGGAGCCAUUAAAGCUCCACACCAAGCCCAGCCCACAGCUGGAACAACCAAGGCUCCACCCCAGUCACAUCUGGCAGCUGUAGCCAGUAAGGCUCCACACCAAGCACAACCCACAUCUGGAACAACCAAGGCUCCACCCCUGUCACAUCUGGCAGCUGGAGCCAUUAAAGCUCCACACCAAGCACAACCCACAGCUGGAACAGCCAAGACUCCACCCCAGUCACAUCUGGCAGCUGUAACCAGUAAGGCUCCACACCAAGCACAACCCACAGCUGGAACAACCAAGGCUCCACCCCUGUCACAUCUGGCAGCUAGAGCCAUUAAGGCUCCACACCAAGCCCAGCCCACAGCUGGAACAACCAAGGCUCCACCCCUGUCACAUCUCGCAGCUGGAGCCAUUAAGGCUCCAUACCAAGCCCAGCCCACAGCUGGAACAACCAAGGCUCCACCCCUGUCACAUUUGGCAGCUGGAGCUAUUAAGGCUCCAUACCAAGCACAACCCACAGCUGGAACAGCCAAGACUCUGCCCCUGUCACAUUUGGCAGCUGGAGCCAUUAAGGCUCCAUACCAAGCACAAUCCACAGCUGGAACAGCCAAGGCUCCACCCCUGUCACAUCUGGCAGCUGGAGCCAUUAAGGUUCCACAACAGGCACAAGCCACAGCUGGAACAACCAAGGCUCCACCCCUGUCCCAUCUGGCAGCUAUAGCCAGUAAAGCUUCACAGCAGUCACAAACCACAGCUGGAACAAUCAAGGCUCCAUCCCUGUCACAUCUGGCAGCUAUAGCCAUUAAGGCUCCACAACAGGCACAAGCCACAGCUGGAACAACCAAGGCUCCAUCCAAGGAACAUCCAGCAAGAGGAGUGGCCAAGGCCCCAACCCAAGAACACUCCAUAGCUAGAGCCAAUAAGACCUUAUCCCAGUUACAUCUGGCACCUGGAGGGACCAAGGUCCCAAUCCAGGCACACUCCACGACUGGAGUAGCCAAAGUCUCGUUCAAGGAACCUCUGUCACCAGGAGCAAGCAAGGUCCCAUUCCACUCCCAUCUGACAGCUGAGGUGACCAAGGCUCCUUCUCAGGUCUAUUCCACAUCUAGGAUGAGCAAGUCCUCUUCCCAGACACAUUCUAUAGCUGGAGUGAUCAAGACCUCAUCUCAGGCACAUCUGGAAGUCAAGGCGACCCAGGUCCCGUCCCAUGAAUACUUGGAAGCUAAGGCAAUCCAAGUCCCAUCUCAGAGUGAUUUGAAGAUCAAGAUGGCCCAUGGUCUACCUCAGCCAUAUCUGGAGACCCAGGUCCCAUCCCAACUCCAACUAGGGACCACAGGGACAGAGACACCGUUGCAGGUACAGAUGGGGUCACUCCUAUCCAAAUUUCUAUCCUGGAGAGACAUGGAUAUGAACAAAGCUCAGGCUUUCCAAGAGCAGGGAGGAAUGAUGGCAGUUCCAGAGAUGGAAAAUGAAGAGAAUGAGGUGGAAGAGUCCCAAGUGGCCAAGACUAAGCCCUCUCAGGAGCAACUGGGCACUGUGCUGUCCAAGGCUUUGUGUCAGGGAGAGGUGAGAGCAGCUUUAACCAAUGCCUUGUCCCAAGAAGUAUUGGGCCCUAGCAUGGCCAAGACUUUGCCUCAAGGGAUUUUGGGGCCAGUGUUAAUUAAAGCCCUGUCUCGGGGGGCUCUGGGAACAAGCGUUUCCAGGGUCCUCUCCCGGGGGGAGCUGCGGGCAGAGGUGACCAAAGCCAUGUCCCAAGGGAAGCUUGGGGAAGCUCUAGACAAAGCCCUGACCAAAGAUGAGAGGGCUGCUCUCAACCAAGCCCUCUCCCAGGGGGAGCUGAGUACGGUCCUCAGCCAGGUUUUAUCCCAGGGUGUUUUGGCAGCCAUGGCAAGACCUUUGGAUGUAGGAGCUGCUUCAAGCCCCUCCCUAAAGGAAGUGGGAGGUGGGGUCCCGCAAGCCACAAAUCAAGUGGAUGUGGGAGAGACAAAGCGAACCGUCUUCUCAGUAAGCCCCGGCCCAUCAAAAGUUGUCAUCUCAAGGGAAAACACUUGGCAGAAAAUCUCCCAAGAGACACUGCUACCUGUGGACAGCAGCGAUGUCAGUGUAAGUCUAAAUCAUCCAGAGGAGCCUAUAGCCAAUAAAGUGGCUCCGAGUCUGGCCCCAGGGAACAGAACCAGUGGGGUGACCUUGGGUCUCCCCUGGAGAAACCUGCUCAGGGGGGUGACCCCCAGCCUUCAUCAGGAUUCUGAAGUCAACGCAGGAGCUGGGCCGAGUAUCCACCAAAUAUUCCCACCCGGUGGCCUGGGCUCGAUCCUGCCCUGGGGGUCCAUGGCCAGCGGAAUGGUCCCAAAUCUGUCUCAGGGAACGCUGGCCAGUGAACUUGUUCAAAGUCUAUUGCAGAGUUAUGAAGUGGUCUCCACUCUGGACAAGGCCAGGGGGGAGAUACCAAACUCGUCCCAGGAAAGUGGAACUGGUGGGGUCAAGCCAGGCCCACAGCAGCCAUCUGUACCCAAUGAGGUGACCCCAAGAUUACAGCAAUCAUCCAGGACCAGUGGGGUAGCGCCGGGUCUACCCCAGGGACCCAUGGCCAGUGGGGUAAUUCUAAGCUUGCAGCAGCCACCUGUGGUCAGUGAGGUGACUCCAGGUUUGCACCAGGUAUCUGUAAUCAAAGGAGUGGCUCAAAGCUUAUGUCCAGUCUCAGGAGCCAGCGGAGGGGUACCAAGUCGGUUUCAGGAUCCUAGAGACAGCGAGACAGCCCCAAGUUUAUACCAGCCAUCUGUGGCCAAUGAGGUCUCUGCUCUACAUCAAGGGCCUAAGGCCAGUGGUUCCCAGAGAUCUAUGGAAAACAGGGGAAUUCCAAGUCUAAACCAGGCCUUGGUAGCUAGUGGAGUUACCCCAACUCUCUCCAAAGUAUCUAUAAUCACUGGGGUACCCUCAGGUCUCUAUCACAGAUCUAUGACCACUGCUAUAUCCCCAAAUAUGUCCCAGAUGACUGGGGGCAAUAGAAUGGCCCCAAAUCUAUCCCAAGAGCCUUUGGUCAGUGGCGUAGAGCCAAGGUUACCCCAAACGUCUGUGGCUCAUGGGGUGACCCCAGCCCUACAGCAAGAGCCCGUGGCCGGUGGACUGGUUCCCAGUCUAUAUCCAGCUUCAGUGAUCAGUGACAUAUUCCCAGGCUUCCACCAGGCAUCCAUGAUCAGGGACGUGGCUUCAAAUCUGUAUCAGGCAUCCGUGGCCAGUGCUUUAGGGCAGAGUGCAUGCAGGUCCCCCGUGGGAACUGGGAUUCUGGGUCCACAAGAAAACUUGGCUCCAGAUAGGUUGGCCAGAAAUCUGUCCUGGAGCUCCAUGACCAAUGAGAUACAUUCCAAGCUGGCCAGCGGGGCAGUGCUAAGUCUCUCCCAGGCGGCUAAUUCUAGGCUACCCGUUCCAGACUUCCACCAGCUGGCCCAAACCACUGGUUCAAUGUUGCAACACACUUUGAAACCCAAUGCUCUGGCCCUGAGUGUGCACCUAAGUGAACAGCUGGGGAACAGGAUGGACACAAAAAGCCUACAGCAGGGACCCAUGUCUCCGUAUCUGGGCGUGGUUCCAAGUCCACAUCCAGUAGCGAAGACCAGUGGAGUGGUUCAGAGUGGACCUGAGACAGCCAUGUCCAGCGGGGCUCCCUCAGAUCUGUAUGAGGCGCCCGAGGCCAGUAAGGUGACCCCCCUUCUACGCCAAAUGUCUGUGGCCAGUAGGAUGGAGCAAAAUCUAUACCCUGUAUCCCUGACCAGUAAGUUGUCCCCUACUUUAUGCCAAGGGUCCAUGGUUAGUGCAUUAACCUCGAGUAUACAGCAGGUAUUUAGAGACAACAAGUCAGAACUUAACAUACACCAAGUGUCCACUACUAGAGGAAUGACCCAGAGUCUCCACCAGGAGUCGGGGGUUGGUGUCGUGGGCCCGAGCCUAUAUCAAGCUUCUUUGGCGAAUGAGAUAGCCCUGAGUCUACAAGGUGUUGUCCCCAGUCUGCAUCAGGAGUCUUUGGUUAAUGGAGUAUCCCCCAAUCUAUAUCAGGAAUCCAUUAAUCCUAGGGUGGAUUCAGGCACAGUCUGGGAUUCUGCAAUCAUGAAAGUACCCCCAAAUAUGUAUCAGAAACACAUGCCUACUAAGAGCACCUCAAAUAAUUCCAGGGACCCUCUAGACAAUCUACACAAAUCCAUGGCGAAAGGUGCAUCCCUAAGCCUGCCUCUGGGCUCUUCAAUCUUUGGAGAGGGGCAAAGUGACAUCCAGGAAAUUAGAGCUGCUCAGGAAGACACAAAUGCACAACAGAACUCCAUGAUCACAAAGGUAGAAUCCCACGAAGUCCAGAAGUUCAAGAGCUACAGGGUGGGCCCAAAUCUGUCCCAGGAUGUAAUUCCAAGUUCCCACAGGAAACCAGGAGUUAAUGAGGGGGCUGCAUAUCAGAAAUCUGGGAUCAGUGCAUUAACCUCAAGUAUGCACUGGCCAUCUGAAGUCAAGGAGGAGGUGUCCAAUGUGCACUGGGGACCCCGGGUCAGCGAGCUAGCCCCGGAUAGGCAUAUGGGAGCCAGAGCCAUUGAAAUGGCUCCGAAUAUGCAUCAUGAACCCAAGUUCAAUGAGGUGUCCCUCGAUGUGCCCUGGGGAUCUGUGAUCAGCAAGGUAGCCCCCAGUAGGCAACAAGAGUCCACAGUCAGGGAGGGGAUCCCAAGUGUGCCUCAGGUAACUGCGGUCAGGGGAGUGGUCCCAGCUGUGCAUAGGGAAUCUGUGGCCGGUGGGAUGGCCUCAAAUGGCCUUCAGAUCUCUAGGGUCGGUGGGGUAGCCUCGAGUUUGCCUCAGGGACCUGAGGUCAGUGGGGUGGCCACAAAUGGGCCUCAGAGACCGGUGGUCAGUGAAGCCAUUCCAGACAUGAGUCAGGAAUUGGUAGUUGGUGGAGUGGCCCCAGCAGUGUCUCCACAAGUGCUUUGGAGAUUAGCAGCCAGACAACUGGUUCCAGGUCUAUUACAAAAGUUUUUUCCCAGUGGGGAGGACCCGGGAAUGAAUCAAGGUUCUAUGGCCAGCGGAGAGACUCCAGCUAUGAAACAAGGAUUUCUGUUUGAUGAGGUGACUCUAAAUGUGAAUCAGAGACCUGUCUCCAAACCGGAGUCCCCAGAAGUACAAUGGAGUUUAACAGCCAACCAGUUGGUACCAAGUCUGUUCUACAAAUUUAUGCCCAGUAGAGAGGACCCCAAAGUGGCCGCAGGGAUGGCUCCCCACGUAAAUCAAGAUGGGGCUCCCGAUACACAUCAAUCAUCCAUGGUCCCCAGUGGACACUGGACAGCUGGAUCCAGCGAGGCAGCACAGAAUAUGAACGAGAAAUCUGUUGUCAGUGGAGCACCCCCUUCUGUACACCAGGGACCAAUGGUCAGUGGGGCAGCUCCGAGUUCACAUAAGGAACCAAAGGCCCCGAGUGUACUUCACGGUUCCAGAGGUAGUGGAGUAGCUCCAAGUAUCCAAGAAUCUGAGACUAAUAGGAUGAUUUCAGGUCAAGAAUCCAAAAGCAGCACUGCAAUGCAGAAUGUAAGGUGGGGCUCCAUGUCCAAUGCAGUAGCCCCAAGAGCACACCAGGGAUUCCUAGGUGGCAGGGUAGCCUCCAAAUCAAGUUUGAGAUCUGUGACCUACAGGGUAGCCUCAAAUGUGCAGCAGGGACCCCUGCCACGGGGAGCAGUCCAGACUCUGAGCUGGGGUUCUGGGAACAAUGGGGCAAUUCCAGGUCUAAGUCUGGGACCUAUGAACUUAACCCCAAGUGAAGGUCAACGAUCUGUAGCCAGCAAAGUCACCUCGAGUGAAGAGCAGGGAAUUACGGCCAGGACCAGGGUCCCGAGUGAGAAGUGGGGACCAGAAGACAGCAAGAUGUCUCCGAGUGCGCUCCAGGGACCCUUGAGCACUGCGGUGGUCCCAGAGGCAGGCUGGAUCUCCGUGAGCAGGACCAUAGCCCAGAGCACACAUCAGGGGUCUGUAGGCAGUGAGAUAGCCCCUCUCGGACAUCACAGAGCCACGGCCGGCAGAGUCGUCCCAGGGGUGACCAAGGGACGCGCAGCUGUCUGGGGAAGCCCGAGGACGCAGCAGGGGUACAUAGUUAGUGGCAAGACCCCGAGCGUGAACUGGGGCUCUGCAGCCAGUGAAGGAUUAAAAGCAGCCCCAAGCCAAGAAUCUGUGGCUAGUGGGGUCACACCAAGUAUCUAUCAGAGGUUCCCAGAAACUGGGGGGACCCCGGGAUCCAUGGCUAGUGCACUGUAUCAGGGAUCUUCUAGUAGGAUGUCCCUGAUCUACAGGAGAUCCAUCAGCGAAGUGACUCCACAAUACCAGGCUAGCCCCGGGAUGCCGAGCACGCAACAAGAAGAUAAGACCAGUGAAAACCAGGAACCCGGGACCAGUAGAAUCGUCCCAAAUGGGCUUUGGGGGCUCAUGACCCAAAAGGCAAAUCCCUGUGUUGCGCAGCAGAGGUCUAAGUCGGGUCCAGAGAGAGAAACCCCUACUCCGAGGGAAGGCCGCAGCUGGCCACCAGAAAUCGUAGAGGCCAUUCAGCAGCAGGCGGCCUUGGUGAUCCAGGGCGCCUUCCGGGGCUACAAAGCCCGCAGGCAGCUGAAGGGCCGGCACAGGGCAGCCACCCUCAUCCAGGCCAGGUGGAGGGGCUUCCGGGUUCGGAAGGCUCUGGCUAGACAAAUAAAAGCAGCCAUCAAGAUCCAGGCAUGCUGGAGAAGCUUCCAGACCCGCCAGAAGCUGAUGAAUCAGAGGUUCAUGGCGCACCCAGAGGCAGAAUGGGAAAGCCUGGACAAGCAGAUCUCGCCCCACCACUGCUUCCACUCCUGCCAGCCAAGGGCCUGUGCCCUUUGCCAGGCCCUACAGAGGAAGGUCCAUAAUGGUCCCACCUGCCUGGCCCUGCUCACGCAGCCCAACUCCAGGACCUGCCACAUCUGCCAGCGCACAUUCCAAACGAGGAUGCUCCAUGGCCUGGGCCAGGGCCCUGAGGACCUGCGCGGGCGGAGGGCGGGCUCAUUGCCCACCCAGAGAUCUCGCCAGCUGCACGGCCAGCUGAAGGCAGCAGUGCUGAUCCAGGCGCUCUGGAGGGGCUAUCAGGCUCGGCAGGCCCUGAGUAGGCAGCAGGCAGCGGCCAUCAGACUGCAAGCUUCCUGGAGGGGCCGCAUCACCCGCAAAAACCUCACCGAGAAAGUCAUGCUCCUGGCUCCUACCUUGGCCCUAGGCUAGACAGCCAAUCCACCAGCACUCUGAAGGGUGGGCGUGGGCUGGGGGUGAUGGGAGAAAGGUGGCUCUGGAAAGCAAGUC